AUGAGCAGUGUCCUGUGUGCGCCGGCGGCGGGGGCUGUCCGGGCGCUUAGGCUCGUGCGCUGGGCUUCCCGAAGCCUGCAUUCGCCGUCUGGUGGCCGGGAUCAGGCCCAGUCCGCAGCCAAGGGCGAGGAAGAGGACGACCCUGACCGCCCCAUUCAGUUUUCCACCAGCAAAGCCAACCCGACCCACUGGACGGUGGAGCAUUCCCUGGGAAAGGAGGGGCAGCGACCCUGGUGGAGGGUGCUGCCCAUAAGCCUGUCCCUCAUGAUUCUGCUCAUUUGGUGCUUCGCUAGGGAGGAGACCAGCACGGACCACUGGUUGAAACAGAUAUUGGAAGAAGAGGAGCCGGAGCCCAGCGAUCCUUCUGAGGAACCUGGACCUCCAGCUGCCUAUGGAGCGAGAACUUAA